AGCCAUCUGGCUUAGAACUCAUGAGACUCCGGAUAGCGAACUGGAACACCGAAGACUUCAUCAAGAGGCUGUGACGGGAAAUCUCCCCCGGCGCAAGCUGCCGACGUACUGGAAGCGCAGCCCGGCUUGCGGAUGCAGCUGGUGCUGGCCUUCCUGCCGUUGGCCCUGGCGGACCUGCCGGUUCACUGCUUGCGGCAUCAGCUCACUGGCCGCUGGAACUUCUUCUUGGGGCCCGCCAGCCCCCAGCGCUCGAGUUGCGGGCACCAGCAGCCGGACGACCCUUGGCGUCAGCCUCUGGUGGAGCUGGCCGGCGCAGCGCCGGAGCGCCGGGAGGUGGAGCUGCAGGAGCCCAAUGUAGCCGUCUCCGGGUCCUCGAAGGGGUCCUGGACCAUGAUCUAUGACGAGGCCUUCGAAGUAAAGCUCGGGGGCCUGUCCUUCCUGGCCUUCUCCAAAUUCGAGCUCUUGCAGGCGGAGGGCGUGUCGAAGAACGUGUCCCGCUGCGGCCAGACGCAGCUGGGAUGGUACCGGGACGAGAAAGGCGAGAACUGGGGCUGCUUUUACGCCCGAAAGCUGGGCGAGGAUGCCGCCGUCGCCACCCCCAACCGCGCGCGCUCGGGCGCGGACGACGGAUCGCAAGCCGCGCGCGAGCCUUUGGACGCCACGUACCACAGCGCCUUCGCGGCGACCCUGAACCUCAUCCAGGAUUUCUGGCAGGCCAAGGCCUACGACCGCUUCGUGAACCUCACGCUGCGGGAGCUCAACGCCAUGGCCGGCAUCUUUCGGCCUGCGCGCCCGCGGCAGGCAGAAGUCGGCCGGGCGGGUUCUGCGCCCGUCAGCUUCCUGCAGUCCCGGCGCACGCGGUCGCGGGCUCUGCCCGAGAGCUGGGACUGGCGCAACGUGUCCGGAGUGAGCUUCCUGGACCCAGUCAUCGACCAGGGCAGCUGUGGGUCCUGCUACAUGGUGGCCACCACCCACAUGCUGGCAGCCAGAUACCGCAUCAAGCACCGGAGCCCUGACUUCCCAGGCUUCUCUUUCAGUUUCCCCCUCUUCUGCUCCGAGUACAACCAGGGCUGUGAUGGCGGCUAUGCUUUUCUCGCGGCCCGCUGGGCCUCAGACGUGGGGUUGGUGCCCAAAGACUGCGGCGACACCGCGAGCGACGCCACGGGGGGCAGCUGCGCCCUGCACUGCGACCUGCAAAAGCUCCAGAGAAGUUGGAAGGCCGCCAACCACCACUAUGUGGGGGGCUACUACGGCGCCUCCAGCGAAGAGCAGAUGCUGCGGGAGUUGGUGGAGGAUGGGCCGCUCGUGGUGUCCUUCGAGCCCCAGAGUGACCUCAUGUACUACAGCGGGGGGGUCUACAGCAGCUCCCCCCACGGACGCUCGGACUGGGAGCCGGUGGACCACGCCGUGCUGCUGGUGGGCUACGGCCUGGAGCGCGGCCGCAAGUACUGGCUACUGCAGAACUCUUGGGGCACAGAUUGGGGCGAGGAGGGCUUCAUUCGCAUGGCCCGGGGUGUGGACGAGAGCGGCGUGGAGUCCAUCGCCGAGGCCGCAGAUGUCCUCGAGGAGCCCAGGCCGAGCGCAACUCUUUUGCAGCUGGCCGCCAGUCUUUAGCCUGAAGUUUGAGGUCACCUUUCUGCAACUCAAGAGGGGCAAAAUUGGUUCAACAA